AGAAAGAAAGAAAGAAAAGGGCUGUCUCCAGUUAAAGAGGCUCCACUUAAAUCCAUGAAACUGCUUCAAUGUGAUACAGCUUGGGAGUCACUGGCAAGAUCUCUUCAUCAGUUUAGGCCUUCAUCAUGGGAUGUCACUCUGUGUUACAAUUCCAUUGUGUCGUCAGCCAUUUUUCUUCAAAUGACCAACUAUUUAGAACCUAGUUAUACAAAAAAAGCAUAAUUAUUAGACUAUUUUAGCAACGAGUGUAAGAAAUAUGAAGUGGCCUUGGAGUGCCAAAUAGUUUGCAGAUGAUAUGAUAGUAUACAUAAGUGAUCCUAGACAUUUCUACCAGGAAACUCCUACAGCUGAGAAAUACUUUUAGAAAGAGAUUGGAUACAAGUGUAACUAAAGUCAAUAUAUCAAUCAAUCAUAUUUAUGAAUGUAUACAUAUAUAUCAAUCCAUCAUAUAUAUAAAUGUAUACAUAUAUGUUUAUAUAUAAACAAUCAAAUCAGUAGCUAGACUGAUAAAGAUAUCAUGCCAACAACACUUUUCAUAAUAGCCUCAAAUUAUAUAAAAUAUUUUGGAGUAACUCUAAGCAAGCGACUGACGUAUAUGAUAAAAACUUCAAAUCUUUUAAGAGUUUGAAGAAGAUAUCAGAAGAUGGAAAGAUCUCCCAUGUUCAUGGAUCAGUGAGAUUAACAGAAUAAAAAUGGCCAUCCUACCAAAAGCAAUCUACAGAUUCAGUGCAAUCCGUUUUUAAUUCCAACACAAUUCAUUACAGACUUUGCAAGAACAAUAUUAAACUUCAUGUAAAAACAAAAACAAAACAAAACAAAAACAGCAUAGUUAAAACAGUGCUGUAAAAUCAAAGAAUUUCUGGAGGUAUCACUAUCCCAGAUUUCAAGCUAUACUACAGCGCUAUAUUAAUAUUUAAAGUGCAUGGUAUUGGCAUAAAAACAGAUACAUUGAUGAAUGGAAUCAAAUUGAAGACCCAGAAAUAAAUCCUCAUGCCUAUGGACACUCGAAUUUGGAUUUUUUUUAAAAAGCCAGAAAUACACACACACACACACACAAGCCAGCAUCUUCAACAAAUGGUGCUGGUCAAACUGGAUGUCUGCAUGUAGAAGAAUGCAAAUGCAUAUUUAUCACUCUGCACAACUUCAAGUGGAUCAAAGACCUCAACAUAAAAUCAUAUACACUGAAGCUGAGGGAAGAGAAAGUGGAGAAUAGCCAGAACACUUUUGCCACAUAGAUGACUCUCCGAACAGAACACUGAUAGUAUAGGCAAUAUUAGUAUCAGCAAUUAUUAAAUGGGACCUCAUGAAGCUGAAAAGUUUCUGUAAGACAAGGGACACUGUCAAUCAGGCAAACCGGUAGCCUACAGAGUGGGAAAGUAUUUUUUACCAACUACACAUCCAAUAGAAAUAACCCAAUUGAAAAACAUGAUACAGAUCUAAAGAGAGAAUUCUCAGUAGAGGAAUUUCAGAAGGCUGAGAAACAUUUAAAGAAAGGCCCAGCUCUUCGCCUUUCCUUCGCCAUCGUGUGCCACCUGCCCGCCCAGCCUUCUCGCCAUGUCUUCUCACAAGACUUUCAGAAUCAAGCGAUUCCUGGCCAAGAAACAAAAGCAAAAUCGUCCUAUUCCUCAGUGGAUUCGGAUGAAAACUGGCAACAAAAUCAGGUACAACGCCAAGAGAAGACACUGGAGGAGAACGAAGCUGGGUCUGUAAGGAGUCAACAAUGAAUGGCAAAACAAUUAAUGAUGAAUCGUGAUCCUUGAUGAGUGUUACAAGAUGAAGUUCAACAUUUUCAAUCUGGAGACUUGAUCAUGUUUAAGUUGGGAGUGGUUUCUCCAGUAAUAAAAUGUAGAACCUUUUGAAAAAAAAAAAGGGGCCCAAUAUUCUUAUCCAUUAGAGAAAUGCAAAUCAAAACUACUUUGAGAUUCUAUCUUACACCUGAUAAGAUCAAUAAUAGAAGUGAAAGCUCAUGCUCAGGAGGAUAUGGAAUAAAGGGAACACUCUAUUGCUGAUAGGAUUGCACACUUGUACGGCCACUAUGGCAACCAAAUACUUAAAAAGUUGGGAGUGGAUCUACCUCGAGAUCCACUCUUAGGCAUAUAGUCAAAAAAUGAUGUAUCCUACCAUAGUGACCUUUGCUCAGCAAUGUUCAUUGUAGCAUAGUCAUAGUAGUUAGAAGCUAGAAACAACAUAAACGUUCCUCAACUGAAGAAAUGUAACACAUUUAUACAAUGAAGUAUUAUUUACCUGUUUUUAAAAAUGACUCAAUGAAAUUCAUGUGAAAAUGGAUAGAACUAGAAGAAAAAUCAUCCUAAGUAGGUAACCCAGACCCAGAAAGACAGAUAUGGUACUUAUUCGCUUAUGAAUGGAUAUUAGCCAUAAAACAAAUGAUAACCAAGCUACAAUCCAUAGGUCUAGAGAGGUUAGGUAAAGAGGA